AUGGCCGCCCCCAUGCUCGAGUUCCGGACGCCCGGGUACAAUCCGUACGCGGUGCAGUACUCGCCGUACUACGACUCGCGCGUGGCCGUGGCUGCGUCGGCCAACUUUGGCAUCAUCGGUAACGGCAAGCUCUUCGUGCUGGAGCUGACGGCUGCCGGCGUGCAGGUGGGCCGCACGUACGACACCAACGAUGCACAGUUUGACGUGGCCUGGUCCGAGAUCAACGAGAACCAGCUGCUGGUGGCCUGCGGUGACGGCUCGCUCAAGCUGUUCGACCUCUCCGUCGACGAUUUUCCCGUCAUGAGCUUCCACGAGCACAAACGUGAAGCCCUCUCGGUGUCGUGGAAUCCUGCCACCAAGGAUACAUUUCUGACGAGUUCGUGGGAUGGCACGGUGAAGCUGUGGUCUCCCACUCGGAACAACGCCCUCCGCACCCUCCCCAUCGGCACCUGCACCUACAGCGCUGCCUAUUGUCCAUCCAAUCCGGCGAUCGUGUCGGCCGCGUCCAGCGACUCCCUCCUGCGCAUCUUCGAUCUGCGCACUCCUGUCUCGGCCAAGUACCACCUGGUGGCGUCUAUUCCCGUACACGCCGGCCCUGGUGCGGGCGCAGGCGGCGGCGCUGCUCCGGCCGAGAUCCUCACGCACGACUGGAACAAGUACAACGACACGUUGAUCGCCACCGGUGGCGUCGACAAGAUCAUCCGCACGUUUGACAUCCGCAGCCCGGCUGCCGGCCCGCAGGCCCUGAUGCUGGGCCACGAGUUUGCUGUGCGCCGUCUGGCCUGGAGCCCACAUGCCCACGAUGUGCUGCUGAGUGCCAGCUACGACAUGACGGUGCGCCUGUGGUCUGACGGAUCGCCACCGCCGCCGCUACCUCCACCCCCGCCGUCUGGCAUCACCCCCGCGUCACAGCGCCUCGGUCGGCCGCUGGGCGUCAUGAACCGGCACACCGAGUUUACGACCGGCGUGGACUGGUGUCUCUUUGGUGAGGGCGGCUGGGUGGCCUCGGCCGGCUGGGACGAGCGCGUGCUGCUGUGGGAUGCCAAUGCGCUGAUACGGGGACGAUAA